CAAUCCUCUAUCACUACCACACACAAGCAGAAAUGGCGUCCUUGGCACAGCAAAUUGGUGGUCUGAGAUGCCCAUCUCUAUCAACUCAUCUAUCAAGAAGAUCCUCUUACAGAAAUGAUAGUAUUAAUCACACAGUGAAGAGAAUUCAAACAACGAAGGCUGCUGCUGUUGUAUCUAACGCCCAGACGAGAGAGAGAAUGAAACUGAAAGAGAUGUUUGAAGAUGCUUACGAGAGGUGUCGCACGGCUCCGUAUGAAGGUGUUGCGUUUACUGUUGAUGAUUUUCACAAUGCCAUCGAGAGGUUCGACUACAAUUCUGAACUUGGAUCUAAGGUCAGAGGAACUGUUUUCAAUGUAGACGCAAAUGGAGCAUAUGUUGACAUCACAGCAAAGUCCUCAGCAUUCUUGCCAGUUAGGGAGGCUUGUAUUCAUGGUAUAAAGCAUGUACAAGAGGCUGGCAUAGUCCCCGGUAUGCGUGACGAAUAUAUUAUCAUUGGUGAAAACGAACAUGAUGAUAGCUUAAUCUUGAGCUUACGUCAAAUUCAGUAUGACCUGGCAUGGGAGCGAUGUCGACAGCUUCAAGCUGAAGAUGUUGUUCUUAAGGGUAAGGUUGUUGGUGCCAACAAAGGUGGAGUUGUGGCGAUUGUCGAGGGACUUCGUGGAUUCAUUCCGUUUUCACAAAUUUCCUCGAAUUCGAGUGCAGAAGAGCUUCUUGAGCAGGAAAUUCCGUUAAAGUUUGUGGAGGUAGACGAAGAACAAUCAAGACUAAUUUUGAGUAAUCGCAAGGCGAGGGCUGAUAGCCAGGCACAGUUGGGAAUCGGGUCUGUUGUGACUGGUAUUGUUCAGAGCCUGAAACCGUAUGGUGCUUUCAUUGAUAUCGGUGGAGUCAAUGGGCUUCUCCAUGUUAGUCAGAUCAGCCAUGAUCGUGUCUCUGAUAUCGCCACCGUCCUUCAACCUGGCGAUACUCUUAAGGUCAUGGUAUUGAGCCACGAUCGUGAGAGAGGCCGAGUUAGUCUAUCUACUAAGAAACUGGAGCCGACUCCUGGAGACAUGAUUCGCAACCCUAAGUUGGUUUUUGAGAAGGCGGAGGAGAUGGCUAUGACCUUCAGGCAGAGAAUUGCUCAAGCAGAAGCCAUGGCUCGUGCUGACAUGCUUAGAUUCUCACCUGAGAGUGAACUGAGUUUGAACUCAGAUGGGAUAUUAGGUCCACUCGGCUCGGACCUGCCUCCGGAUGGUUUGGAUUUGAACGAAAGCCCCCUGCCCGAAGGUUCAUCAUAAACUUCACAUAUAUGUUGUUGUUCUUUGUAGUUAAUGUAGAAAGAUUAUUGAAGUGAUUUCACAUUUCCAUCAUGUAAAGCAGUCUGUUUUGUUAUAAAACAUUCGCACGUUCAAGCUACGUGCACAGUGCACCAUUCUACGCGACACUCGUGUAAUGAUAUGUAUCAUUUAAAGCAUAUAACAGGCUCUCUGUUUCAUUCU